AUGAGUGUUAAACAAGUUUUAAAUAUUGCAAGCAAAAUUAAAUUAAACAAUGGUGUUAUGAUGCCAUUAUUCGGUUUAGGAUGUUAUCAAGUUCAAUCUGAAGAUAUGGAAAAAGUUAUUAGAACCUCAAUUGACAAUGGUUAUAUUUUAAUCGAUACAGCAUCGGCAUAUAGAAAUGAAGAAGCAAUAGGCAAUGUAUUAGAAAAGAUUUUUAAAGAAGGCAAGGUCAAAAGAGAGGAUCUAUUUAUCACUACUAAAGCUGGAACUGGUGAACAUGGAUAUGAUAAUGCAAUCACCGCAUUAAAUGACUCAUUAAAAAAAUUAAAAUUAGAUUAUGUUGACUUAUAUCUCAUUCAUUGGCCAGGUGUAAAGGGAUUAAAACCAGAGGAUGAAGCAAAUUCAAAAACACGUAAAGAAACAUGGAAAGCAUUUGAAAAGUUAUAUGAAGAAAAGAAAUGUCGUAGUAUUGGUGUAUCAAACUAUACAAUUAAACAUUUAGAAGAACUCUUAUCACAUUGUAAUAUUAAACCAACAGUAAACCAAGUUGAAUUUCACCCAUUCCUCUAUCAAAAGGAGUUAUAUGAAUUUUGUAAAAAGAACGAUAUAGUAUUGGAGGCAUAUGCAUCAUUAACCCGUGGUAAGAAAUUUGAUGAUGAAGUUAUUGGUGAAGCUGCAAAAUCUCUAGGAAAAACCAGAGCUCAAUUACUUCUUCGUUGGGCAAUUCAAAAGAAUAUAGUUGUAAUUCCAAAAAGCUCAAACCCAGAAAGAAUCAUUGAAAAUGCCAAUAUUUUCGAUUUUGAAAUUUCUGAUGCCACUAUGGAGAAAUUAGAUUGUGUAGGUGAUAAUAAUCAAACAAGAAUUUGCUGGGACCCAACUAUAGUCUCUUAA